UUUCGUUUUUAGUAACCAAAAGGAGUAAUUACUUGUUUGUUUGAGUGGCAGAGCCUUCCUGCUAUCUGCUUGAUCCCAUGGCUAUGCCGCCAACCAUGUCCAUGUCGAGUAAAUGGAGCAGAAAGAAACCACACUUCCCUUUACUCGCUGUACUUUUUAUUUUCAUAGCUUGUUCGGUUCUCUACAACGAAUUCAGCGUUCAACGGAUCCAUGAAAGCACGGAUCAUGUUCCCAGCAGUCAACCGACUCCAUCUACUUAUGUCAAACCAAAUCUUCCUCAACGAGCUUCAGAGGUUUUGGAUAGAUUCAGUGGCUGCAACUCUACUAGGAACUUCAGUGGGAAGAAAACCGGUAGGCCGACCUGGAGGCGGAAUCGGGUCGGUGGCGGAGUAUUCGACACAGGAUUAGUUAGAUUUUUCUAUGCUUUUUCGUUUGUUCAGAGGAUACUCGGGGGCCAUAUCCCUGUAUCCAUGUAUCGGAGUGUCGGACACGUUUGUACUUCAAGAAAAUGUAGACUCCGAGUCCGAACAACACAGGCGACUGAUGCAAUGUGA